AUGUACAAACCUGAAACAAUCGGAGUUGUUACAACAGAAACAAACGUUGUUGAUGUUUCUAACAAUACCGGAAAUCAAAGUGGAAAAGAUCAAAUACAGGAACGUGAAUCACUUCAUUUGGAUGCUGCCGUCGGAAAAUUAUUAGAAGGGAAGGAAUAA